ACUAGUAAAAUUUAACACGAUUAUAAUAUCUAGUCCCCCUACACUUCGCGGGCAUCUUCGAAACUUUGAACUUUGUGGAAAGCGAAAGCACUGCAAACACUACACUGAGAAGAGGAGGGAAAAAAAUGUGGGAAGAAGAAGCAAAGGGUAUAAGAAGGGACGAAGAAGAAGCGCUGUUGGAUCUGAUUGAGCAACGUACUAAGAAUGUUGAAAAAAUUGGAAGAGCAAUCGCUUAUUAUACUUGCGAGCUUGAACAAAAAGAGAAGAACUUAGAGGAGGCACAACAGCAACUUGCUCGCCUCCGGGCCCAGGCCAUUGUGGCAACAUCCACAAGCUAUCAUGGGAAUGACUUGAAUCUAGUGAAAGUCGAAAGACGAUCCAUGAGUCCUAUCCAGAUAAGUGAUGAUUCUUCUGAAAGCCUCUCUGAGUGUGAACCUCAACCUGACAAAGACAACACUGUGCCACUUCAGAAAUCUUCAACACUUGAUAAAAAAUUAGCAAGACCUUUUCAGAAAAACAAUGAUGAUUCCGGAAAGCCUCCCCGAGCAAAACCACUACUUAUCAUUCCAGACAUGAAACCAAAGGGUUCUCUGCAUUUGAAGAUGGAAGAAUCUAGUCCCACCCCAUGUUUUUCUGACUCUUGUGCUGGAGGCUCAGUUUUUUCUUUUCGUAACACUCGUAUCGUAAGGUCAAAAGCAGAUAAGAGCGUAAAAACCCCUCCUGACACCGGAGCUGCUGAUAUUGAACAUAAAGGAACAAAACGGAAGUCUGAACAAAUAGAGCAUAAAGAGCUGAUUCCAUUGAUAGGUAGAUCCUCUUCAGCAAGCAAGCUACAAUGCCAAACAACCAGUGUCAUACCUAGUCAACACACGCGAAAGCUGAGAAAUAUUGUCUUGUGCCCUACUAAUGAUCAACUUUUUGCGAGCAGUCUCACUCAGAGUUCCUUAACAUGCAGUGCGCUGGAUGGGGUUGUCAACUUGUGGCAGGUGCAGGACAGGGGGUCAAGUGCCAAUCUUCUCAGUAGCACUGAUUGCUUUACCCACAAGUGUAAAAGAUGGCCAGAAGACGUAGCCUGGCAUCCAGAAGGAAGCAGCCUUUUUUCUGUGUACCGCGCUGAUGAGGGGGAUUCACAAAUUUCAAUAUUGAAUCUUAACAAGAGAAAAGAGAAUAUGCAAGUGAAUUUCUUGGAGGAUAAGCCCCAUGUCAAAGGGAUCAUUAACAACAUAGAGUUCAUGCCAUGGAAGGAGGGCUGUUUUGUUACUGGUGGUUGUGAUCAUGCCGUUAUCUUGUGGACCAAUAAAGAUGGAGAACAUUCAUGGAAGCCUAAAGAGUUGCAUAGCCAGCAUUCUUCUGCUGUAAUGGGAGUUGCCGGUUUGCAGCAUAAGAAAGUCGUGAUGUCUGCUGGUGCCGAUAAGCGUAUAUUUGGAUUUGAUUUACCAGCUCAGAGAAUUGGUUACAAGCACCAAGUAGAAAGUAAAUGCAUGAGUGUUCUUCCUAAUCCAUGUGACUUGAAUCUAUUUAUGAUUCAGACAGGGACCUUAGAGAAGCAGCUUCGCUUGUUUGACUUUAGGUCAAGGGAAGCAGAGACCCAUUCCUUCGGGUGGAAACAAGAAAGCAGUGACUCACACUCGGCUCUUAUAAAUCAGGCUUGGUCACCUGAUGGUUUGUACAUUACAUCUGGCUCAGUUGAUCCUGCCAUUCACAUAUUUGAUAUACGGUACAAUUCUCACGAACCUUGCCUGUCCAUUAGAGCUCAUAAUAGGCAAGUCUUCAAAGCUGUUUGGCACCAUGCCCUCCCAGUCCUCAUUUCUAUAUCAUCUGACUUGAACAUUGGAUUUCAUAAAAUCGUUUGAGGUGCUUAAAAAGGUGUUUCCCUUUCCAUUUUAGCACUCAUUGUUCCCAUUCAUUUUUGGAAGUUAUCACCGGAAAGAAAUAUUGAGGUCUUAGACCAAAGAAAUUCACCGCGUGGACUCUGAUACUGCAGGUGAUUUAAAAAGAAAUGUUAAGCAGUGUCAUCUUU